CCGGCCGGAGGGUGAGCGGCCCAGCCGGCAGGGUCUGCAGCGCGCCGGGCGUCCCAUGGAUAUAGCAACAGGUCCCGAGUCGCUGGAGAGGUGUUUCCCUCGCGGGCAGACGGACUGCGCCAAGAUGUUGGACGGCAUCAAGAUGGAGGAGCACGCCCUACGCCCCGGACCCGCCACUCUGGGGGUGCUGCUGGGCUCCGACUGCCCGCAUCCCGCCGUCUGCGAGGGCUGCCAGCGGCCCAUCUCCGACCGCUUCCUGAUGCGAGUCAACGAGUCGUCCUGGCACGAGGAGUGUUUGCAGUGCGCGGCAUGUCAGCAAGCCCUCACCACCAGCUGCUACUUCCGGGAUCGGAAACUGUACUGCAAACAAGACUACCAACAGCUCUUCGCGGCGAAAUGCAGUGGCUGCAUGGAGAAGAUCGCCCCUACGGAGUUCGUCAUGCGGGCACUGGAGUGUGUGUACCACCUGGGCUGCUUCUGCUGCUGUGUGUGCGAGAGGCAGCUGCGCAAGGGGGAUGAGUUCGUACUCAAGGAGGGCCAGCUGCUGUGCAAGGGCGACUACGAGAAGGAGAAAGACCUCCUCAGCUCCGUGAGCCCGGACGAGUCUGACUCUGUGAAGAGUGAGGACGAAGAUGGAGACAUGAAGCCGGCCAAGGGGCAGGGCAGCCAGAGUAAGGGCAGUGGAGAUGACGGGAAGGACCCGAGAAGGCCCAAACGGCCCCGGACCAUCCUGACCACGCAGCAGCGAAGAGCUUUUAAGGCCUCUUUUGAGGUCUCCUCCAAGCCCUGUCGGAAGGUCCGAGAGACACUGGCAGCAGAGACGGGCCUCAGUGUGCGUGUGGUCCAGGUCUGGUUUCAGAACCAAAGAGCAAAGAUGAAGAAGCUGGCCCGGAGGCACCAGCAACAGCAGGAGCAGCAGAACUCCCAGCGGCUGGGCCAAGGUGAGCCUCAGGGACUGAGGGAGCAGAGGGGCCCAGGGGAGCAUCUGCAAGGACUACCAGGACAGGAGGUUCUGUCAAGCCGCAUGGAGGGCAUGAUGGCCUCCUACACGCCGCUGGCCCCUCCGCAGCAGCAGAUCGUGGCCAUGGAGCAGAGCCCCUACGGAAGCAGCGACCCCUUCCAGCAGGGCCUCACGCCGCCCCAAAUGCCAGGGAACGACUCCAUCUUCCACGAUAUCGAUAGUGAUACCUCCCUCACCAGCCUCAGCGACUGCUUCCUCGGCUCUUCCGACGUGGGCUCCCUGCAGGCCCGCGUGGGGAACCCCAUUGACCGGCUCUACUCCAUGCAGAGCUCCUACUUUGCCUCCUGAGAGCCAGCCGGGCCGCAUGGACACUUGGGCCUGGGCCUAGGGUGGGACCACAGGCCUCUGCAGCCAGCCGGCCCCCCAGCCCGCCACCCGCUCAGACUCUACAGACAGCCAUACGGUGCCCUCCCCUC